AUGCCAAGUCUUGACAUUAAUGGAUUACCACAAACUGAGGAGGAGAUUGAUUUUACAGAUAUAGAAGAGAAGUAUAAAGUUUCUUUUGAAAAAGGGCUUGAUACAAUUAUAGUAGUUGAUAAUGCACCAGUUGUUGAUCAGAGUAGAGUAGCUAAAUUAUUAACUUUUAUAAAAAAGAUUUUUAAGAAUGUUGGCGAGAUUAAGGAAAAUGGCAUUUUCAUGCCAAUGGAUCCUGAACCUGAACCUGAAACUGGGAAAUUAAAAUCAAGAGGUCUAGCAAUUAAACAGUAUGAUGGAUAUCCUAUGGAUAAAACACAUUACCUUGCUUUAAAUCAUUUUACUGAUAUUGAAAAAUAUUCACAAAUUGAAGAAGAAUACAAAGAGCCAGAAGAAGAAAAAUUUGUGGAAAAGGAACACUUAAGGAGUUGGCUUACUGAUCCAUCUGCAAGAGAUCAAUUUGUUUUAUAUCAUAAUGAUGACGUUCAUAUUUUUUGGAACAAAAAAAAAGAGCCACCAGAAGAAGUUUAUAAAAGAACUAAUUGGACAGAGACUUAUGUUCAAUGGUCACCGUUAGGAACAUACCUUGCAACAUUUCACAGACAGGGUAUUGCUUUAUGGGGUGGAUCAAGUUGGAAUAAGAUUACUCGAUUUUAUCAUCCUAAUGUAAAACUUAUUGAUUUUUCACCAAAUGAAACUUAUCUUGUUACAUGGAGCAAUGAACCAAUAAGCUUGGGACCUAAUGGAGGCCCAGGAAUACCUUUUGGACCAGAUGAUGAAGGAAAUCAAAUUAUUAUAUGGGAUGUUCGCUUUGGUGUGUCGCUCAGAUCUUUUCCUUCCACAACAACAUCACCAACAGGUGAACUAUCAUCUCAAAAAAUCAUAUGGCCAAUAUUCAAAUGGUCUCCAAGUGACAAGUAUUUUGCUCGAGUAACACAAGAUCAACAAAUAUCUGUUUAUGAAACUCCUGAAAUGGGCUUGCUUGAUAAAAAAAGUAUAAAGAUUGAGGGUGUAAUGUUUUUUGAAUGGGCUCCGACUUCUGAAAAAUCCAAACAAUUGGGUGGGAAAAAAUCUGAAGAAUUUCUUUUAAGUUAUUGGACACGUGAAAUUGACAAUCAACCAGCUAGAGUUACUCUUUUGAAAAUCCCAUCUAAAGAAGUAUUAAGAAUAAGGACUUUAGUUAAUGUUAAAGAUUUGUAUUGGCAAUCAAAUGGAGAUUUUUUGUGUGUUAAAGUUGAUCGACAUACCAAAACCAAAAAAUCAACUUAUGCUACUUUGGAAAUUUUUAGAAUAAGAGAAAAAGAUAUUCCUGUUGAAGUAAUUGAAAUAAAAGAUACUGUGAUAACUUUUGCUUGGGAACCAAAUGGUGAACGUUUUGCAAUUAUAACAACAAAUGAUCCUAAUUAUGGACAACCUGGAGUUGCAUCAAGAACAAAUGUAUCCUUAUAUUAUCUUGAAAAACCCAAACCUGGGAAAAGCAGUGUUGCUAAUUUUAAACUUAUUAAAACUUUGGAGAAAAAAACUUCAAAUUCAAUAUUUUGGUCUCCACAUGGUCGACAUUUUGUUUUGGCUACCCUCAGAUCACAGUCAGUUUUUGAUUUAGAGUUUUGGGAUUUGGAUUUUGAAGGAUUUAGUGGUGAACGAGGAGAAUCAUCAACAAAGAAUGAUCCAGCUGCAUCUAUUCAACUUAUGAGCACACAAGAACAUUAUGGAGUAACUGAUAUUGAAUGGGAUCCUACUGGUCGAUUUGUAAUAAGUAGUUCUAGCAUGUGGAGACAAGGGAAUGAUAAUGGAUACACAAUAUGGGAUUUCAAAGGCACAUUAUUACAAAAACAUUUAAUAGAUAAAUUCAAACAAUUAUUAUGGAGACCUCGCCCUAAAAGUUUGUUGAGUAAUGAACAAAAACAGAAAAUCAAAAAGAAUCUACGAGAAUAUUCUAAACAAUUUGAUGAAGAAGAUACAUUAGUGCAAACAUUUGUAUCUAAAGAACAGAUAGCACAUCGUCGUAGACUUAUGGAUGAAUGGAAUGCCUGGCGUAAACGUGUUGAGAAAGAAUUGAGUGAAGAGAGAGAAAAAGCAGGCUUCAAACCAACUUCAAAACAUGUUGAAGAAAAUGUUGAAAUUGUUGAAGAAUGGAUUGAAGAGGUUGUGGAAGAACUUGAAGAAGUUAUUGAUGAUUAA